AUGUCAUCAAAAUUUCUCUAUUUACUCAUCACCACUACUCUUGUUUCCGUUAUCUCCGCCCGAGAUCUUCCGGUAGAAGCGAAUGCUUUAUCCGGAAGCUUUGGUGUCGGAGCUGGAGCCAACAUGGGUAGCGGUGGCCUUCUUGGAGGAGCAAUUCCGGGAAUGAACACCGGAAUAUCUGGCGGCAUUGGUGGGAACAUCGGUACUGGUCCUGGUCUUGGUGGACUUGGCGGAGCGGGGGGUGAUGGUGGUGGUGGAACAGGUGGGCUUGGGCAAGGAUUUGGUGGUGGUGGAGUGUACGGAGGUGGCGGGGCGAUGGGUGGUCAGGGGUUUGGAAGUGGCGGCGUUGGUGGAGAUCAAGGGUUUGGUGAUGGUGGGAUGGGGCGGAGCAUUGGAAUGGGUGGCGGGAUUGGGACGGGUAACACUGGGUUGGGUAAUGCAGGAAUUGGUGGUGGACUUGGCGGCCGCCUCGGGUUUGGCAGCGGCGGCGGAGAUAUGAGUGGGCCGGCGGGGACCGGAGAAUUGCCGUGA